AUGGUGCCCGGGGCGAGGGCUCCGGCGGCGUCCGUGCUGCGUGGGCUCGUGGCGCUCGCCGGCGCGGCCGUCUUGUGGUUCUCCGGCGCCGCCGAGGCCCGCGUCCUACUCACGCUCGACGACUUCGGCGCCGUCGGCGACGGCAUUGCCAACGACACGCAGGCGUUCGUGGACGCGUGGACGGCGGCGUGCGGCUCGGAGGAGCAGGCCGUGCUCGCCGUGCCCGUCGCCAAGGCCUACCAGAUCUGGCCGGUGCAGCUCUCCGGCCCCUGCAAGAAGAAGCUCAAGCUGCUGAUCGCCGGGACGAUCGUGGCGCCGGCAAGCCCCGACGAGUGGGCGGGGAGGGACCCGAUGAAGUGGCUCUACAUCUACGGCGUGGACGGCCUGUCCGUGAGCGGCGGCGGCACCAUCGACGGCGUCGGGCAGGAGUGGUGGGCGCGCUCCUGCAAGCGCAAGAAGACCCAGCCCUGCAACACGCGGCCUCCUCCUAGGGCGUUGCAUUUCGAGGAGUGCAGGGGGGUGAGCGUGCAGGGGGUGACGCUGCAGAACGGGCCGCAGUUCCACCUGUCCUUCACGCGGUGCACGGACGUGAAGGCCAACUUCCUCCGGGUGGUGGCGCCGGCGGACAGCCCCAACACCGACGGCGUCCACCUCAACGACUCCUCCCGCGUCCAGAUCACGGACAACCUCAUCUCCACGGGGGACGACUGCGUGUCGAUGGUCGGCAACUGCUCGGACGUCCGCGUAAGAGACAUCUCGUGCGGGCCCGGCCACGGUAUCAGCAUCGGGAGCCUGGGCAAGAACCGGACCACGGACAGGGUCGAGAACGUGAGGGUGGACACCUGCUUGCUCACCAACACCACCAACGGCGUCCGGAUCAAGAGCUGGCAGGGGGGCAUGGGCUCCGCCCGCGACCUGAGGUUCGAGAGCAUCGUGAUGAAGAACGUGUCCAACCCCAUCAUCAUCGACCAGUACUACUGCGACCAGCCUACGCCCUGCGCGAACCAGACAGAGGCUGUGGAGGUGCGCAAGGUGGAGUUCGUGGACGUGAGGGGCACGUCGGCGACGGCGCAGGCGAUCAAGAUCGCGUGCAGCGACACCUUGCCGUGCCGGGUGCUGGAGCUGAGGAACGUCAACCUCACCAUGGUGGGCGGGGGCGCGGCCACGGCCUCCUGCUACAGGGCGUCCGGCAAGGCCGUCGGAGUAGUCGUCCCGGCAUCCUGCCUCGCCAAGGGUGACCCGUGGCCGUGA